UCCGCCGGGAUCUGAGGCAGAAGCAAAGUCCAAGUUGUUGAGAAAAAACGGUCAGAUUUAUGCGGAGCCUCAAAGUUCGCCGAGAUCCGACAUUCGCGGGUGCUGAGGUGGCAAGGAACCUUUUUUCGCGCGGCCGGUGUCAGUGGAAGGGAGUGCUAGUGGGUGCACACAAGGAACGCUCUGUCUGGAUGCACAAAAGGAAGGCUCUGUUGUCGUUGAGCGAGAGCACACGUAGUACAAAGGGAAGUGGUGGAUGCACCACCACACAAUUCGGCGCAGCACGACCCCACACUGACCCCUAUAAACACCGAUUUUCACCAUCGUCUACGCAAGCUCGUGUGGUGUUCCAUUCAAAGUCAUCGCAAAAGAGAAGUGGAGAUUCUCGUGGAGAUUCGGCGGCUGCAUCAAAAAAACAGAAGACAAAGGUCCCGCAGAUGUCAGGGGGAAAAAGGAAGGGAGGGGAGCGGCAUGUGGGCGCUGCGAGUCACAAACGCCCAUCCUCGGCGCAGAUUCAGCCCCUGUCCGUCCCUGUGCAGCAGAYGGGUCCGAUCGACAUCGAUGCGUCGUAUUUCCUCGAAUGGAAAGACGGCGUGCUCACAAAGCAYGAGAUACCCGUUAACCYGUCGCAAGUMGUCGACAUCGGGGAGUGGGAAGCGGGGUACAACCAACGUUCCUUGGAUCCGRUGCAUACACAGCUGAUCAUCGACGCGAUGACGACGGCCUACUCGCAGGCCUCGAAGACUUACGAGCUUCCCACACUGAAGCUGGCGCCGUUGGGGCUGGAGAAACCGAAGCCGUGGGUUCUCAACUGCGAGGUGGUGUGGGUGCAGACCGGCUCCUCUACGUUGGCAAAGCAAGGGAAGAUGGGGAUGCAAGAGGCAGUGCAUCUGGUGAAGUGUGACCGCAUCUUGGUGYGGUUAUGGAACUACUACCAGUUCAAGUAUGAGAAUCCGCCCGACUCCGAUUGGACGCGUUCGUAUCCCUUCCUGCGGAAAAAARAGGCGAUUUUGGCGCAGUUCAAAAGCCAGGGACUGGAUGCAGCAUUGUGGGAUGGAAGCAGGAAACUCGUUGGAGACUCAUCGUUGUUCAGAGACUGUCCCCCGCUCAUGGGCUGCGAGGACGACAAGUCGAUCAAGGCGACGAAAAAACUGGUUCUCAACAAGAAGUUGUCCAUCGACUGGAAGAAGAAGGUCCUUUCCRUGCUGACCGGCAKCAGGUCGAAGAGCAUGGAUGUCGYGCUCGCCGAAGGCAUGGUGCAUAUUCGGUGGCAGGACUCGGGGGAUGUGACAUCCAUCGCCSCCUUCGGCGUCGAUCCUCAGGAGGCGCAGAUGAAGGUCAUCGAGUUGGAGAAAGCGGUUGGGAUCACGAAAUGCCACACUGCCGUUCUUGAUUUGUGCGAGCCUGUGGACAUCACACAGUGGACACAGCAAGCUUUCGAGAGUUUGAAUGCCCUUCUAGAACAUUUGUUCCCUUCGCACUGGACGGUCGUUGCUUUCGUCCCCCGGGAGCACGACUACUACUUCAUGACCAGUCUGCGCCGACUGUCUGUUGUCAAGGCAAUGGCAGGAAAGUGGGUGAGGAGGCCGCAUCAGAAGAAAAGCUUCGCGGUCGGCAACAACUUGUACUCUGUGGACGACCGCAUGUACAUCCUCUUCAAAGGUGAYGACUUGUGRRAGAACAUAUMUGUGGUUUACGACGCAAGCUUGGAGGCGGGUGAUGCUGCUGCUGUGGGGGCACAUGUCAAAGUCACACCGAUGGACGUCUCGGAGAUGCCUUUCGAGCCUUGUGAAUGGCCCCUGGUCAUACCUGGCCRUGACCGCAAAGUUUACAAGGACAUGGAACGGAACCCCGCGCAGUUGGCCCAUCUGCUGGAAUUCGUGUGCAAAAAGGGGAAGGGUGUCAUGUUUCUCGGGAAGGCGCACGCGCAAGUCGUGUGGGAGGCUUUGAAGGGCAGUCGCAACGUCAUCGCRUUGGAGGGGAAUUCGGAGUUGCUGCAAUACACGUUGGAUUUCCUGAAAGGCGCGGUYAACUCGGGAGCCCACCGCUGCGAGUUCAUUUCGAGGACGGACAAACCGCGACGCGCUUGGGAGCCGGCCACGGACAUGUGGUUCAAACUAAGCGAGAGGAAAAGGGAUAGGAUAUACGAGUUCCUCUUCCAGGAGACGCGGCCCAGGAGGGUUAGUGACCCUGAGUAUAUUCGACGCAGGAAGCUCAUGUUGGCGUUGCUGGACAACUACCACGAUGCCUCGCGUUUGAAUGCAAAGAACUUCCUGGACCGACUGGAGUGUUUGUACUUUGUCGAGUCGGAGCAGGAGCUCCRGGUCGCGAGUUACAGUGCAUUGAUUGACACGGACGAAGAGGCAAUGACCGGAGUCAUUUUCGACACGAAUGUUCCAGAGAAGGAUAGGGACACCGAGGAAAUCGCCCUGAAUUACCUCCCUGCUCCUGUUCUUCCGCCCCCGGGCUCCUCGACGGCAGGUGCAUCGUCAACCCAGGCCACUCCAGCGUCGCCCGUUCGCAGGUCCACCCCCGACAAGAACCCCAGCAAGCUGUUGGCGAAACUCACACCCCGUAGUGUUUCCCCGCCUCGCUUGCGUCCAAGGAGUGCAGUCCCGCCGGAACAUCCUUCUUGGAAGGAUAUGUCCAUUCACUUUGAAGGGCACGACCACACUCGUUCUAGUGAAGCAGACUGGGGUCACGACAUGAUUUGGCACCCGGGAACGAUCCACCCUGCAAUCCGCGAAGGGGAGUGGAUCAUGGCCGUCGUGGACUCGGCUGGGGAGUGGGAGCCAUGCUUGCGCCUUCCCAAGUCCGAGUACUUGCAACUCGCAAGCAGUGGUGUGGCGGAUAAAGUGGCGUCAGAGAACCCCCUUUUCCAGGCCACCGACCCGGCCGUCGUUAAACACGCUGAUCAUUUGUUUCUGGAGCUUCAAGACAAGGGGUGGUUGGAACUCUCGGACGAGUUUUACGACUUCGAUAUGAGCCCUUCGAAGGGACGCGUGGACUGGAAGGUCCCCCUUGCGACGGGGUCGCAGGGGAGUGCGGGAGGGGGACCUCUAGGCCCUCCGGGCGGUGGAGGGGGUGGGGGARGCAGCAAGGGGACAGGAGAGGGCGCCACGUCAGGGGGAUCGGUUGGCACUCACUACCAGGGCAGAACAGUGGAAACCGGCGGCCGGGUAGGGUGGUUGAACGUUGCUGACAAGACGACCGUCGGGGCCAGCAAAUCGGCUAAGUUCGCCGACAUCCGAACUUCUCAGAACGUGGAGCCGCCGCCUUUGGACGCUGCGAAGUCUUUUGGCGUCCGCGCUGCAUCCACUACACAUUGCUCGGCCCUCCCCUCGACAACUAAAUUCGCCGCUUUCGUUGGCACCGGKAGAGGCUCGAGUGUCGUUGUUCCGAUCUCCAGCGUCAAGUACAAGUCCGCCGCCAUCCGGACGAAGCCUCGGGAGGUACACGAUGGGGAGCUCGUCCUGCGCAGCGCCACAGGAGCAGAAGUGUCGGAAACGGGUGCCGAAACGAAGUCCGCCGGAAUCCGCACUUCGGUUUCGUCCGGUGCGACGUCCGACGACUUUCCUACGUGGCAGGGGACUGCAUCGGCCGUCGGAGAUGGGCAGCCUGCAGAGUUCAAUGCACGGUUGGAUAGCGGGGCGCCGUCUGUGCUCUGCAAUUUGAACUCCGCCGGUAUCCGAACUUGCUGGGGAACGGACCUGCAGUCAGAGGUCGUCGGGCRGGCGGAAGAUGAGACRUGUGCGGGGACAGAGGACUUGUCGACGGGAGUCGACGCGGGGCCAGUGGGAGGAGCUGAUAUGCGCGAGAGGCAUGGGGGGAAGGAAUGGGUACAAGUGGGGGACGACCAAGAAGAACUUGAAUGGAAAGAAGGUGGGGAAGGAGCGGAAGGGGAGGAUGAACGGCCGAAGGGUGGAGAAGAUGCUGGCCGCGGUGAGUCGUCUGACUCGUUCGGACACUUGUACACGAUGCAACACGGAGGUGACGUCGACGACGAAGCGACGACGAUGGUAAUGGAGACUCAGGUGGGCAUUGGCCUUUCCGCAGACCCGGAUGCCUGUGACGUGUAGCCGCUGGCGGCGGCAGUGCAUCUCCGGGACGUGUGCGAUGAGGUCGCCAUGGCAGUGCGCCGGACAAAAACGACU